AUGGCGGUGGCGGCUUUGCUCAGCACGUCGAGGGCGGCGGAGGGCGGGCAACACGGACCAGACCACUGCGGCGUACAUCUGGCCCACCUAUGGAGAUCGUCGGAUGUGCCCUCGCCCCUGCGCGGGGGCAUUUUUGGCAGCGUCGGCCGUUCCCAUCGCUGUGCGUCCGGCCAUCCCAAAAUUAGCGACGGCGGCGUUUGCGGCCCUGCUCGUCUCGCACUCGCCUCCGACGACACCCUACCCCUAGACCGCGGCGGCAGGGUUUUGGGCCGUGUCAGUGAGCUUGGGUGGUUAUUGAAUUUGGUUAGCAAGGGCGUUCUCAUCCUUCAAGUAGAGACGGAGGAGUCAGUGUUAACUUUUAUGGUAUUCUCCGACAAAAAGUGA